UAGCAGGGCUUUUCAUUCUAUCCUUAGCUUCCCAUGUGUGUGAUUAGCAGGUAGACCCGCUUCUGGAGGGAGGCUUUUUGAACUAGUUUCUCACUUCUCUGCUUGCCAUAGGUCUAGUGUUUCUUUGACAUUUUACAUCUUACAUGCUGUGGCUUGGGACUAUUUAUUUUCAGUCUUUUGUGGUUGUGGAUCAUGAAUAGCUGGCUAAGGAUGCAUUUUCUUCCGUGACAAUCACAGAGCCUGGGAUGAGUGGGAACCAUGCAGAUGUGUGGUGCAACACCUUCCCCUAGGCAGGGCAGGAGGAACAUGACCUGUCCUCUCCUGCUCACCUGAGACCAUCCUUCAGCCACAGCAGAGGGACUACCACACGAAAUGUCCUCCCACAAACACAACUUCCAGUGCUUCAAUGCUGUAGGUGGAGAAGGCUUCCACAAGACUUCUCUUCCCUUCAAGCACCACACCAGCCAACUCCCCAGAAUCCACCACCACGGCAUGGUAGCCCAUCACGAACCUCUGGAGGAAUGCUACGUUUGCUCUGAGUACAGACAUGCCCAGGCCCUGGAAGCAUUAGAGACUCAGGUCACACCUUUGUAUCACACUCAUUCACCAUAUCACCACCAGCAUCCGCACCAGUAUGUUCCCAGGGGACCGACCAGGCCCGAGGACCACCCUGUGGCACAUUCAGGCCGCAUUCAUCAUCCCAGGUUCAAUAACAGGGUGGUGCUGGUGAAGAACAGCGACCCCUUAUUCAGGAAGACCAUCGUCUUGCAUCCCAGGAGUCUCCGCAGUUUGGGGCUUUUCUUAGAGGAGGUUUCUGAGCUCAUGCAGUACCACAUCAGGAAGUUGUACACUGUGGAAGGACACAAGAUUGACAAUGUUCAGAGUCUUAUGCAGUGCCCCAGCGUGCUUGUCUGUGUGGGACGUGAGCCUUCUCACCCAUCCAUCGUGGAGAACUUUCAGAAAACAUCUGAUGACAAACUUCCAAAGCUGAGAGGGAGGUCUCGCUCUAGUGACUGCAAUGAAGGACACAAGGGUCUGCCAACAAAGAAAAGUGUCAUACAGCCACAACUGGAAUCUGACAACAGAUCUACCAGGCAGUCAGUGUCAUCUGAGAAGUCAUUACCAGAUGGAACCGACUCUCCGGAAAACGUGGAAUCCUGCCUGCACACUGGGGAUGGAAUAAGAGAUGAUGAUAUAGAGAAACGGGUUCGUGUUAAUAAAGAUGGCAGUUUGUCUAUGGAAAUGAAAGUGCGCUUCCGGCUGCAAAAUGACGAAACUAUACAUUGGUCAACAAAAGUAAAAAAGACAACAGGCAGGAACUCUGAGUUCCUAGAAGGACACAAUGACCCAGAUUUUGUGCAGGUUAGUGAUAAAAGUCAUUCAGAAUCAGAACACAUCUCUGCUGGUGAGCAAGUUGAGGCUUACAUCAAAAGACACUAUGAAAGACACACAGAGGAGCCUCACUGUCCUCACUGCUGCAGUCACUGCCAGGAUUACGUCCCGGGGACACCUGGGGCAACUCGCUGCAUUCAAACUUCCAGCUCAAGUGCAUCUUCACAUACGAUGGUCUUGAGAAAUACAGUGGUUGGAAGGCAAACUAGCGAAGAGCAUGCAAAAGAACAAACAGAACAAGUGGUGGAGAGAGAAAACUGUGUGAAGCAGACUGUUGAGACAUCUAAAAUUGUAGAGUACUGCACCAUCAGGAGUGAGACUUACUCACCAAAGUGCAAGGUGCAAUCCUCCACACCGGACAACUCACUUAGCCCUACAGAGAGAGAAACCAAUGCUUCAGGGCAGUCUAGAAUGUCCAGAAAAUCCAAAAAAUCACACACUUGUAAUUGUGAAGUGUCUAAGGAUCCUAAAGAUGACACCAAAGGACAAACCAAGGCCCAAUCCGAAGAAGAAGGUGGGACACAAAGUGAUCGAUCAAGUGCCAUGUCUGUCAAAUCAAAUAUGUCUGGCAGAACAGAUAAAUCUGAAGAAAUACAGAAUACAGACUCUGAAGAUUUAGAGGGGAAAAGAUCCAAAAGUGCCAUGUCAGUUUAUUCAAAUGCCUCUACAAAAUCGAAAUGCGAUGUUUUUGAUGUUACAGAUGACAUAGUGACAGCUGAACAACAUAAAUCAAAGGAGGAUGUUGAUAAAGAACAAGCUGAGGAGAAAAAUGUUGAGGAAGAGGAGGAAGCUGAAGAGGCUGGAAAAGAUCAAGAAAGAGUGCCAAGUGGCAUGUCAUCCAAAUCAAAAACCUCUGCAAGAUCUACACAUUCAAAAGCAUCUCAGCUUCAAGAUGAAGAAAAUGCUAAGGAAGAUGGUCAAGAGAGAGCCUACAGUGCCAUGUCAGCAAAAUCAGCAAAGUCUAAAGUAUCUGAAAUUGAGAAUGCUGAGGAAGUGGAAGACAAUGGUGAUAGAACACCCAGUGCUUUGUCAGGAGUGUCAUCAAAAACAGCUGACAGGGAGGAGGAGGCAGGGGAAACUGUGGAGAGAGCUCCAAGUGCCAUGUCAGUGACAUCCAUCGAUUCAAAUGCAUCCGCAAGGUCUACAAAAUCAGACAAAUCAAAUGGAUCUGAACAAUCAAUAGUGUCUGAUCUUUCUCCUGAUGAAAAACAGGCUGGAAAUAAAGAAAGAGCAUUAAGUGCAAUGUCAGCUAGGUCUAUUAAGUCAAAUGUGUCUGCAACAUCUAGAAAAUCAAAAGGUUGUGAAGAAAUGAGUGAAGUAAAGGCUGAAGGACCAGAGGACAGAGCAACAGCUGAAGGAAGACCACAAAGCACAAUGUCAGUCAAAUCAGAAAAGUCGGUGAAGUCAAAUAUUUCUGCAAUAUCUAGCAGAUCUAAAUCAUCUGAAACUCCUAAUAAAGAAAGUGAUGACAACCAUGAGGAUGGAAUUGAUGGAGAGAAAAACGGAGAUAAUGAAGCUGAAGAAAGAGCAUCUAGUGCCAUGUCAGAAAAAUCUGCAAUAUCCAGUCAAUCAAAAGCCUCUAAUGAUAGGUCUGAAGAAAACAAUGAUGAAGAGGAAAUUGCAAUAAGAGCAUUGAGUGCAAUGUCAGCAAAAUCUGCUAAGUCAAAGGCCUCUGCAGUAUCAACAAAAUCAAAAGCUUCUCAAGUUUGUCCUAAAUGUGACGGUAUUUGUGAUGAGGGAGAUGUUGAAGAGGAAACCAGUGAGCGAUCACCAAGCUGCAUUUCAAAAAAAUCCAGUGAUUCAAACAUGUCAGCAAGAUCAAGAAAGUCAAAAUGCUGUGAUGGUUCAGAUAGAGAAACUAUUACUGAAUAUGAGGAAGAGAGGGGACCUAGUGCACUGUCUGUAAAAUCAGCACGGUCAAAUGUGUCAGCCAAAUCAACACAGUCAAAUAUUUCUGCCAAUUCUAAUAUGUCAGAACAUGGAGAAAGAGCUCCAAGCGUUAUGUCAAUUGCAUCCGCUAAAUCUUCAAAGUCAAAUGUUUCAGCAAAAUCUAAGAAAUCAAGAGGUUCUGCAAUUCCUUCUCAAAACUGUAGUGAUGAAAGUGAAAAAGAGCAAACUGAAGAAAGAGCACCAAGCAGCAUGUCAUCCCAAUCAGUCCAGUCACACGUAUCUGAAAUAUCUAUAAAGUCUUCAGUGAGAGCACCAAGUGCUUUGUCAGGUAGAUCAGCAAAGUCACAUGCUUCUACAAAAUCAAUCAAAUCAAAAGCUUCUGAAGCUCAGUCUGGCAAAUGUAUUGCGACUCCUGAUGAAGGCCAUAAGGAAGAGGAAGUUGAAGAGAGAGCACAGAGUUCCAUGUCAGCCAAAACUGCAAACUGA